CGUCUGCGGCGCAGGCCCGGUGCCCAGGUGGCGGUGUAGCAGCGGGGAGGAGGGAUGGGGCCUCACGGAGAGCGGCGGCGGGUGUCGUGCCGUCAGUAAGGACGCGCUGCCAGGGAAGGACGGGAGCGGAUUUCUUCUUCUUCUUCUUCUUUUUUUUUUAGUUGUUGUUGUUGUUGGUGUUUUUUUUUUCCUCUCUCUCUCUCCGAGGGAGGAAUAGGAGUCGGCGAGCCCUGUCUCAGCGAUGACACCGGCCGCGGAGCUCACCUUGUAAAAAGAAAAAAAAAAAAGAAUUAAUCGCCGGGACGCGUCGCCGAAGGGGAGGCGGUCAUGGCGGGACUCAUCAAAAAACAGAUCCUCAAACAUCUCUCCAGGUUCGCCAAGAACCUGUCCCCCGACAAGAUCAACCUGAGCACCCUGAAGGGCGAGGGCCAGCUGACCAACCUGGAGCUGGACGAGGAGGUCCUGCAGAACAUGCUGGACCUGCCCACCUGGCUGGCCAUCAGCAAGGUCUUCUGCAACAAGGCUACCAUACGGAUACCAUGGACGAAGCUGAAGACUCACCCCAUCUCUCUGUACCUGGAUAAAGUUGUGAUGGAAAUGAGCACCUGUGAGGAACCGCGGCCACCGAACGGGCCUUCCCCUAUUGCUACAGCCUCAGGUCAAAGCGAGUAUGGCUUCGCCGAGAAGGUGGUGGAGGGCAUCUCCCUCUCGGUCAACUCCAUCGUGAUCAGGAUCAAGGCGAAAGCCUUCAACGCCUCCUUCGAGCUGUCCCAGCUGAAAGUGUACAGCGUCAACACCAGCUGGCAGCUGAGCGACCUGCGCUUCACGAGGAUACUGGACCCCCAGCGAGGAGAGGUACUGACGUUUAAAGAAAUCAGCUGGCAGAUGAUCAGGAUAGAGGCGGAUGCCAUCCAGAGUGGCGAUCACGAAGUCCUGAGCGCACCGGUGCGGCUGAUCACCAAUCAGUCCAAAAUCAGAGUCACGCUCAAGAGGAGGUUGAAAGAUUGCAAUGUGGUGGCAUCGAAGUUGAUUCUGGUCUUGGAUGACCUGCUGUGGGUGCUGACCGACUCUCAGCUGAAAGCUAUGGUCCAGUACGCCAAGUCUCUCAGCGAAGCCAUGGAGAAGUCUGCCCAGCAGAGGAAGAGCAUGGCGUCCGAGUCCACGCAGGGCGCGAUCCCGGCCCCGGCCUCCCAGCAGGUGCGCGCUCAGCAGACGCCCGCCGAUCAGAACGCCACCAUUGCCAAGCUCUUCAGCUCCUACGACGUCAGGGAAACCUCCCACCACCUGCAGAUCACGCACCUCGACCUGCACAUCUGCGACGACAUUCACUCCAAGGACAGGGGAAUCAAUAAAAGCAUCACUGGGGGAGCGAUGCAGCUGUCGUUCAGUGAGGUGACUGUGGAUUACUACCCCUUUCACAGAGCAGGUGAGAGCUGUGCGCACUGGAUGCACUACAGUGAGGCGACGAAAUCCCGAGAAACCUGGGCCAAGAGCAUCCUGGAUGAGUUCCGGGCCAACGUGGACAUGCUGAAGAAUGCCGUGAAAGACCACCGGGUCGCCUCCCAAGCUCCGGCCUCAGCCACAUCGCAGGGGUCUCCACAGCACGGCGCCUCAGGAAAGAUCUCCACUACUUCAACCAAUGCAUUCUCCACACCCAGCCAGCAGCCCAAGACCCAAUUAAUAUCCAGCUCCAUUGUGCUAAGGAUGGCAGACUUCAGUAUCUACCAGGUGUCCACCGCGGAGCAGCAUCGUUCAGUCCCCAAAGCCAUGGUCUCUUGCAACAAGAGGACUCUCUACCUUCCCCAGGAAAUGCCAGCCGUUCAUCUGGAAUUCACAGAGUACUACUUUCCCGACGGAAAGGACUACCCGAUCCCCUGCCCCAACCUGUACGUGCAGCUCAACGCCCUGCAGCUGGUGCUGGACGGCCGGAGCCUGGUGUGGCUGAACCAGUUCGCGCUGGACCUGCGGCAGAGCCUGGAGCAGUUCAUGGCCCUGUACAAGCUGGACGACCACGAGAAGCCCGACGAGCACGUGGACUUCAGAGUGGACGGGCUGAUGCUGAAGCUGAUCGUUCCCUUGGAGAAGGAGCUGAAGGGCCACCCAGACCUCCCGCGCUCCAUCUCCGUCCAGACCUCGGAAAUGGUCGCCACCAACACCAGGCACUCCUCCAAGUGCACGCGCUCCAGCCUGGAGGCCGUGCUGCAGGAUUUCAAGGAGCAGGAGUUCUUCAGCAGCGCCUUCACGAGCUUCCCCAAAAGGCCGGACAGCUUCAGCGUCCUGCACCCGGUGUUCCAGAGGCACGCCCACGAGCAGGACACGAAGAUGCACGACAUCUACAGGGGCUUCGUCACGCCCAGCCUGAGCACAAACGCACUGAAGACCUUGGCUGCCACCGACCUGUGGGCUGUGCAUUUCUCGCAGUUCUGGGUGGACUACGAAGGGAUGAAGAGCGGGAGGGGUCGGCCGGUGCCCUUUGUGGACUCCUUUCCCCUCUCCAUCUGGGUGUGCCAGCCUGCCAGGCACGCCCAGAGCCAGGAGCACCUACACGCCCCUCCGGGCAUCCCGAAGAGCGAGUCGGCAGAGCUGAGCAGCCGGCUGCAGCGCAAGAAGCUCCUGAAGGAUUACUACAGCACGGACUCCGAGCCGGUGACCAACGGCAUCAGGAAGCCGCACUCCCUGGACGGCCUUCCCACGUCUUCCCAGUCCGCCCCCUCUCCCGGGGAGGCGGGCGUCCACGUCCUGGUGCACGUCCAGAAGCACCUGAGCCUGCAGGUCAGCCACUACCAGUACCUGUUCCUGCUGCGCCUCCAGCAGUCCCUCCGGACCCUGCAGCAGACCCUGCAGGGGGACCUGGAGCCGGCGGCCGGGACGCACAGGGGCCAGGGCGACGUCUGCGUGGGGCUGCUGCUGAAAAGCGCCGAGGUGGCCCUGCUGCUUCACCCGGUUCCCGAGGCCGAGACGGCGGCGGCACCCGGGCCGGCACCGCUGCAGCCCACUCCGGGCCGCGGCACCAGGAGCUGCUCCGAGGGGUCGGACGGUGAGGACGGCACAGGAGCCGCGGCUGGGGACUCGGAGGACGCCUGCGGGGGUCCCGGCGACCCCCUUUCGGUCGGCGAUCGCACCCACGAGGAGCAGGACGGCCUGGCGGCCGGGCGAGCGCCCCAGAACGAGCUCCCGGGUGCUGCAGACGGGAGGCUGAGGGCGGGAGACUCGGGAGACUCUCCAUGCGACACCGGUGCCUCCAGAGCCGAGGCGGCCUUGCCCUCCAGAGACUGCAACGGCAGCAGAGAGAGACCGGGGACCAGGAUGCCUCAGUCGAUGUCGAGCGGGAGGCUCAUGAAAGAGAGAUCGCAGUCCAGCUUCUCGGUGUCCUACAAGACCCUGAAGAAAAGCCCGUCCCUGCGGUCGCUGGACAACAUCUCCAUCGACAGCAGCCUGCUGGAGGAGAACAUGCUGGAGAGCGACAGCAGCGACGGCUUUCUGCUCGCGGAGAGAGAUGGGCUUUCUGACGACGCGUCGGUGGCGGGCUUCAGAGACGCCUCAAGCGAGCAGAGCCCCGCGGAGAGCGCGAACGAGGCCCUGGGCCCGGAGCACGAGCGGGGAGAGUCGCCCGACGCCGUCAGUGCCGCCUCCCAGAGCGCAGAGGAGAGCUCCCCGGACCUGGUGUCGGUGGUGGUGUUUAAGAUAUUUGGUGCCAACUGCGGCCUGGACAUCAAGGGGGAGAGCCUGGCCGUGUACCUGGAGGUCAGCGAGCUGGUGACCAGUCAGCUGGGGAACGUGAGCAUCCGGCAGUACCUCAGCAACCGCAGCCUGGGGGCAGGUGCUGCCACAGACCCCCGGCGCAGGAAGUCCACCCCGGAGGUCAGGCUGCGCCUGGACAGCGGGCCGAGCACCGCGGCCUGCUCCCCGCUGGCGGCCCAGAACGGCUUUCUGCAGUGCGAGAUCAGUCGGGUCAGCUCCGACUUCCUGCUGUCCUCCAUCAGGAACCUGGGCCGGCUCGUCGAGGACAGCUCCGCCUCCCAGGUGCUUCCUAUGAAGGUCACCAUUUCUGACACCCGGAUUAACCUGAAGGACGACGGCCCCCGCGGGAACACCUCGGACCCGGAGCCCUCGCCGAUUGCGGUGCACCUCGACCGGCUGCUCAUUCACAGGAGAGACGAUGGCUCCUUCUCUGUCGGAGCAGCGGACGAGCCCCCCGGGCCAGGAGAGCCGGAAGCGAGGAGCGGAGGACGGAAGUUGGGGGAUGUUCCCAAGGUCCCCUGGGUCCCCUGCAGGUCCCAGGCCACUCAGACGACCCCGGACAAGCCCGACCCUACGGCCGCUCCACACGACCGGACGCCGGGCAGCGCCGCCGACGGCACGGCUCUCGGCACAGAGCAGCUCAUGGAAGAGAACGAGUGUCUGAAGCUGGAGCUUUCCAAAGCCAAAAUGGCUCUCGCCGAAGCUCAGAUGGAGAAGGACAGCUUGCUCCAUAAAAUCAAACGCAUGGGCACCGGCAGCUAAUCCCGGCUGGACGUGGCUCCCGGGAGCACCGAGGAGAGGAGACGCCGCCGCCGUCUUCCUGGAGAAGCCACAGGGGAGCCGGCAGCCCGCCUGGCAGCAGGAGGCAAGCGCAGCGCCGGGCGACGCUUGUGCAGAGAGCGCGCGCGGUUCAUUCCGAAGAAACCUGUUCUCUGUAUGUUGUUGUUACUUUGGUUGUUUUUGAAUAAAGUUUUGCAGUAAAACUGCUACCUGGACAGCUGGGCAUGGAAAAGGCUGCUUCGGGCUUGGGGAUUGCCAGCGUCAGGCCAGAGACUGCACUGUACUGUACUACAUCUCCUCAUGUAUUUAAUACUGAAAAAGUAUUUAGUUCAUGAAUGGUCUUUUAACCAAUGUAUUAAAGUGGAACUUUUGUGCAAGAGUGUUUUAUAAAGAGAUUUUUGAUUGUCAGGCAGUGUUUGUCAGGGUUUUGCUGCUUUGAAGACAAAAUUGAUCAUGUCGUUAUAACAGGCAUUUCAUGACAUUAUUACACUAUACUGCAUUAAGAUUAACAAUAGUCUAAGACCUGGACUGUCUCCUAUUUUUCUAAGUGUAUAUAGUCGUUCAUAGAUUUACCCACAUAGUAAUUUUUUUAAUUAUGCAAUUGUAAAUAACACUCCUGCGAUGAAGGAGAAUUCUGUAGAUGACAGAUUAGGCUUGAGUUGCCUCGUGUCUUAUUUCAGUUUUUGUAUGUAUAUAUUUCUGUAUUUUUUUCUGAGGGAGGAGAUUCAUGUGCACUUUUUCUUUCUCAAUCUUUGCCCCUGUUUGUGCAGACUGACCGCUUGUUUCAGACCAGCUUUGCCUACUGCAAAGGACAACAAAAUGUUGGAAGCUGCUGGAAUACGUUUGGGUCUUUUAGGAAAUAUUUGUUUUCACUUGCACAAUGAUAAAAAGUUCCAUGUUUACAAAGACUCCCAUAACUUGUAUGUAGAAAUAAUUUUAAUAGUGCCUGAUCUCUUCUGUUUCUUACUACAGCUGCUCGAAACACUUGUUGAAGGUUAUCACAGGCAUUGCCUCGGAAAACACAACUGUGAAAUUUACUGGUGCUUGUGUGUAUGCGUGUGUGACAAAGUGCCCACACUGGGACGAUGGUACGGAUCAUCCCAGGUGUCCCCAGAUUUACUGUGAUGCUUCCGGACAGCGGCUUGGAAUAAAGAGCCACACCACAUUCGGAGCUGUCCGUGUUUCUGAGCAGACUUCACUCGGGUGCGUCUGAUGAGUGUAGCUGUGGUUCAUCAUUUUCAUUUCAAAUGCAUGCGUCUCUGAUUGGAGUUCCGUUUUGGGGACAGGGCAGUGAGAGGCCAGGCUCGAGCCUGAUAGUUUUUUAGCUGUUUGUUCAAAACUGAUCUGUCUGGCGGCAACUGUAGUGUUUAAAAGAUGAAAGAUGAAAUCCCGUUGCUGAAGCCUAAACACACCUGGUAAAUGUGAAGGCAAAAGCUAUUUCCAUCUCGACCAGAAUGUUAUCACGUAAAACUUCCUGAGUGCCUCACUUAUAUGGGGGGAAUUUUAAUGGGGUCUUUCCCUGCUUUUCACGUAAACCCAAAUUUCAAUGAAUGUCUGCUCAAAAAAUAACACUUCUGAGCUUUAUUUUGUAUUUUUCUCUUCAAUGGACAUUAUUAAAACAUCACAUUUUGUGAGACCACGAAACUUGAGAAAUGCGAUUGUACAACAGCGAGAGAGGCCUUUCAUCUGUGCUCUGUGUCCUGAGUCCUGUCCCUUUCUGUUUGGCUGGCCUCCUGGCGAGAUUUAGAACAACAAUAAUAUGUAAAGGUCUGUUAAAGCUGCUUCAAUGCUGUAAAAUAAAGGGGGUUAAAAUUG